AUGCAACAUACUGCACCCGCAAAAUUCGUCGAAGCGUUGCAAGGUUCUGGUUGCUGGGAGGAGGAAUGGGGAUUUGUCAUUUACCGGGCUACGUUUGAGGAUGACGAUGCAUGGGAGAAGUUCAAAGAGACCUUCCACAGCUUAACAGAAGAAACGUUCAGUGAUGCGCUCCGAACGUAUUCUAACCAAGAUGAGAUGCGCGUUGCGCAACGCUUUUGGAAAUGCAGGUUUAUCGAUGACAGAGCUCUGGAAGGCAAAGACAUAGAGAAGAUUCGCGAGCAUUACGAAGCUUUGCGGGGAGAGCUGACCUGGGGCUUGCAACUCGGUAUAUGUCUUGUUGCAACGAAGGAUGUCCUUGAUUCCGUCAAAAACUACCCUCCCUUAAGCGAUGACACGGGUCGUUCCACAACCAGAAAUCACCCAUUUGUCAAGGUUCUGUAUCGGUCGUCACUUGUAGAUGAUGUUUGGCUGGAUGAGGAAACCGACGAACAAAGCGGGUACCUGAUUCAUGAUAGUCCGAAGCUGUUCAAUGCCGCAAUAUAUGGUUUGAUAGAUGAGUUGUUUCCUAUCGUGGCACGAGCGGAUGUGGCUACGGAUAAGCUGGACCCUGGCGAUGAUAAGAAGGUUUGGGUAGCUGCUGGGUGGGAGCAGGAUAUUGCUGGAGGUAGCGGUUGA